UUCUUAGUCAAAUCUACUCUCAUUUGCUCCCCCCUAUUCUAAGUAAAAACUCUUUUUUCUCUCUACAAUGUCCACUUCCAAAAGAAAAGUUCUCUUAAACACAGUCUCAGUAAACUUAGGUUGCAGCUGCAGAAAACCAAUAUUUUCUUCAAUUUUUAACCCAAAACCAAAAUCUAAAACACCCAAAUACCAAAAAUACCAAAACCAAUCUUACUCAUCCUCAACUUCAAGUACUACUACAACAACAACUUGGGUUAAAAAUGGAAAUUUUUCAUCUUCCUCCCCUUAUGAUCAGUAUUACCCUACACAAUCAACUUUCUCUCCUUACAUGGAUACAACCUCUUCCUCAUCCUCAUCUCAGCCUUCUACGAUAGCCGCACCCGACGCGUAUGGUCGGGUGCGGCCUAAGUCUGUGGCUGUGGAGAAGGAUUCAAGUGAUCCUUAUUUGGAUUUUAGGCAGUCCAUGCUUCAAAUGAUAGUUGAGAAUCAGAUUUAUACAAAAGAUGAUCUUAAGGAGUUAUUGAACUGUUUCUUACAGUUGAAUUCUCCUUGUUUACAUGGGACUAUUAUCCGAGUUUUUACUGAGAUUUGGAAUAGUUUUUUCUUUUCAGGAAGACCUGAUCACUCUUCUCCUAGGUUCUAUGUUCGGCCUAAGUCCUAUGAAAUUUAGUCGUAUUAAGGGUUAGACUUGUGUACAUCUGAAGUGUCGAUUUCUUUUCCUGGACUAAAAAAAAAGCGUCCAAGGGAUGAUUUUGGGUAGAGUAUUUUGUAACAUUUUGGUGGUUGUACUAGUUCUGAUUUAUGUAGCACGGAAAUGAAACGUUUCAGAAACCUAAAAUUAGAGUUUCGGGAAUGGAAACGUUUCAUGUCCGUUUAGUUAUGAUCUAUAUAUGUAACAUGGAAAUGAAACGUUUCAUAAAUCGGGAAACCUUUAUCUUAUAAAAUUGGAGUUUCGGGUAUGAAACGUUUCGGGUCCGUUCGGUUAGUAUGAGUAGAUGGAUGCAUAGUGUUUUAGGUAUUUUGUGCUAGCUAUGGUUUUGUUCCUCCUUUUUUGAGGCAAGGAAAAAAUCUCUAACUUGGCUGUAUUUGUAAGUCAUGAUCAUGUGAUAUGACUAGCAAUUGUAUGUAAAGAUGCUUUACUAUAUGGUAUGAAGUUGAUUUUUCAAUUUGUUAA